UUCAUGGAUAAGAUAUCAUGAUGCAGCAUGGCUUGCUCAAGGAAGGACCCCACGCCAAGGCCGAAGGACGAGGAGAUGUUAGCGGUGGGGGCAACCGAUCUGCAGACACCACCCCAAACCACACCACGCCCAUGUUUCGUCCGCGCUACUACUCCUCCACGACACAUGUUCCCAAGGGAUCCACUGCGAACCACGCAGCUCACAGACCAGUAUACCAUGGUCAUCAACCACCAGUUGAUCCAACGUCUCCGACGUCUGUGUACAACUCGAGGCGGCGGGAAGGUUUGCUGGCGUCGCAUGUUCCUUUCCAUGAUACAUUGCCGCCAUCCUCAACACAGCCCCCUCCCGCGUUUCAUUCAAGUGAAGACUUCCGCCAACGGGUCGCAGCCGACAUGCGCAUCAGUAACACGACGUGGCGAGAUGAAUGCACAGACCAAGAGCGUGAGAGCAACCGGUGCCGAAUAGUGACCGCCCUGCGCAACCACGCGCCAACGUAUGAGGAACUGCUCGUCAUUGUGUCUGCGAUCGACGAAGAAUUGCUGCAUAUCACCAGUCGUGCAAAGCUGCAGUAUUUUGACAGCGCCAUGGACUUUCAUCGGACGCUUGCGUCGGGAUGCACCGCGUCCUCGACUAUACCGCUUCAUCGCGGCAAUGGUCUGCGGUGAACUGCAUGGCUACCUUAGGCGGCUACGGUUCCGGUGCAACCACUUAUGGCAAACCCCAGGGCGUAUUCGACAAACCUUGAAUCUUUCUACACGUUUUCGCAGUUAAAGUGGACCAAUGUGCCGUUAUGCGUGAUCAUAGCAUUGAUUGAGACCCAAGAGACAUCACCACAGUUUUUGGUCACGUCCUUCAUAUUCCAGUACAUGAUAUCGC